UUCGCGUACUCUCGUGCCCGUCGCAUUGAUCGUCCUUCCCGACCGUUCCCUCGACUCGUUCGCGUUCCUCGCGUCAUAUUGCGAACGCUUUAUCGUUAUUAUCGCUGAUAACGAUAGUUCAAUGGACCGAUAAGAAUACAGAUACGGUACAGAUAACGAGACAAACUACUGUAAUAGAAUUUGAUAGUUUGUUCCGUUGGAAAAAAUUCCCGUGAUGGGGUAUCGAGAUAAAUGGCAAAUUAAAGCGUUUUUUCGAGUGUUGCUCGAAAAGGGUGAGCGCUCGGAAAGGGGGAAUCGAAAGUGAUUCGACAUUUUUUCAACAGAGUGAAAGUGAAUCGAUCGAUUAACGAUUAACGUGGACGGUUACAUCAACGAUGUUUUCGACAAGAUUGGUGAGUCGAUUCGGAUCUGUUUGAAAGUUAUCUCGUAAUCCUGACUCUUCCCUCCCACCUUCUAAGAUGAAAAUACACGAAAAGUGGCAGAAAAUCAAGAAGAGGAGGACGGAUAAAUGGUAUUAUUGAAACGAAUUGCGAUCCUCAUCGACGAAUAAAAAUUCGAAACUAGAAGAAAUAUCCAAUCGAAUGUAAUCGUUUAUAUUAUGAUUGGAUAGAAGGAUGUUGCAAAAAUUGCAAGGAUAAUUGGCCGAAGCGCGAUUGAGAAUUAUUGGACGCGUGACAAAGUCGGAAUAGAACAGAAGCAUGACUAUGAUAAGUCUGGAAAUGUUGGGCCGCGAGGCUCUAUCUUUGGAAGGGAUGUAUCGGCGCGCUCAUCAAGAUGUGUUGACGCCGCCACACGAUAGGCCAGAGUCACAAAACGUCCGGCGGAACGGUAGCAACGGCGGAAACGUCGCGAACGUUGCCGCUUUCGACGCCGCUCCUCGCCACGAGAUGCACCCUCUGGAUCAGCCGGCCGUGGACCUCGGUUUGCCGGCCAAUCUUCCCGAAAUCCUCUACUCUUCGAUACCAAAAUGCGGAGGAUGCCAAGAAGCGAUUUUAGACAAAUACGUUCUGAGGGUUCUCGAGAGGUGUUGGCAUGCGAGGUGUCUCACGUGCAGGGAUUGCGGCGCAAGAUUGACCGAUAAAUGUUUUGCAAGGAACGGUCACGUUUUCUGCAAGGAUGACUUCUUCAAGCGUUUUGGGACGAAAUGCGCGGGCUGCGGCCAAGGAUUGGCACCGUCUCAGGUCGUGCGUAGGGCGCAAGAGUUGAUCUAUCAUCUAACUUGUUUCUCGUGCGCCCUUUGCUCUCGACAGUUGGACACCGGAGACGAGUUCUACCUAAUGGAGGAUAGAAAGCUCGUUUGUAAACCUGAUUACGAGCAGGCCAAGGCAAAAGAAUUGGCAGACGGAGGAAGCAUAGAUGGCGAUCAACCGAAUAAAAGGCCAAGGACCACGAUCACAGCGAAACAGUUGGAGACCUUGAAAUUAGCGUACAAUACCAGCCCUAAACCAGCGAGACACGUGCGGGAACAACUUUCUCAGGACACGGGGCUAGACAUGCGCGUGGUUCAAGUCUGGUUUCAAAAUAGGAGAGCAAAAGAGAAGAGACUGAAAAAAGAUGCCGGUAGAACAAGAUGGUCUCAAUAUUUUCGAAGUAUGAAAGGAACAGGGGCUGGUGGACAUUCACCUAGGCACGAUAAGCUUCUCGAAAAGGAUGAACUCAAGAUCGAUUUAGAUUCCAGUUUUGGUCACCAUGAUUUGAGUAACGACAGUUACGGGACAGUGGUGAACAUGGGAUUAGAUGGCGAAGGUGCGAGUCCAGGUGGGGGCGGAAAUGGGGCAGGAGGGGGCCCUCCACGUGGUUAUUUAGGCGCGACCACCCCCCCUUAUCUCUCAACGUCCAGAUCACCGUCCUUACCACCUCAAUUUCCAUACCCACCGGACGCUGGCCUCUCGGUCUACACGACACUUGGAGGCGCGGGUGGGAUGGUACCAGGGCCGGCUUCGGAUUUGAGCAACGAAUCGAGCGGAGGCGGUGGAGGCGGCGGAGGUGGCGGUGGAGGUGGUUACCCGGACUUUCCACCCUCGCCCGAUUCAUGGCUCGGCGAACCACCACCUCCACACGCUCACCACCAUUCCCACUACGCCACAUAACCCGGCAAACUGACGCGUUGCCAACCACCGUUCGUGAGAACGGAUCGACGCAAGGCGUUCACUUGACGGCCCUUUUCUACGAGGCAAGGCUUCGAAUCCCGAAAACUCGAGCCUCCCACUUCGGAUCGACCUGUCCACUUUCGUCGAUCCAGCGCGAGUUAGAGCCUCGUCGACCUCGAGAGGAGCUCUCCAUGUUUCUCGGUGUAUCACCAAAUAGAUCCAUCUGGAGGUGGAACUCGAUCAAGACUGACCGAUCGAGAACCGUCUCGAACGAACGAGUCAUUCCACACCGUAUUCUGCACCGUCCCGGCGGGUUUCCCAUCAUCGGAAUGAUGCCAUGUGUCGCUAUCGUAUAACGUUACUUUACAGCGCAAAUACGAUAGCGCUAAUUCGAUAGGUACGAUUAAUCUAAAUAUAUUUAUGUACAAGUUCCUCGUUUCCCGGUACUACUGGAGUUUAAUCGUCGAAUAAAGAAAAACUAGAAAGUAGGUUAGACGUGUCGCGAUACCGGACGUUUGCUCCAAUCGAUGCGAUUCGCAAGAUUACGGUUGUCCGUAAUUCAAAUUCUUUAGUUUCUUUAGUUAAUUCGUUGAUCGAAUCAAAUUCUUGUUCAAAAUCAUAUAUAUAUAUAUAUUUCGAUGAAGAACAAUAUUCUACGAAAGGUCGAUAUUUAUUUUACAGAAUUAUUUUCUUUUCCGAACGAGAUAGAAUGUGUACACAGACCGUAUACUUCGCGAAAGGCAUCGUUUCACUGAAAAACAUCAUCGUGGAACACUAUGGUAUAUCGCGCUUACGUGAUGCUAGAAGUUUCAGGUGUCAUUUAUUGUAAAUAGUUCAGAUUAGAUUUUAUCGUAUUACAAUAAAAGAACGAGGAAUAAAGAAGAGGAAUGGAAAAGAGCAGGGGAAAAAAGAAGGAAAGGAUUGGCGUACAGCGAUCUCUACAGGAGCGACGCCGUCCGCAAAUAAAAUUCGAAAUAAAAGUUAACCCUGAAGCACUAAUGAAUUUAUCGCAUCGAUAGAUCGAUUUUCUCGUAAGUAAAAAAUUAACGGAGUUGUUCCAUAUUUUUUAUUAGCGAAGCUGUAACGUAACAUCGAAUCACAAAAGUUCGGUUGAAGAAGCGUGGAAUGAAAGGUCAAUUUUGAUUGGUCACGAUUUACAUUUUCCCAUAAUUGAAUAUUGAAUGUUGCACCUUGUAUAUAUAUGAAUUUAGUGCUACAGAGUUGGCUAGCUUCGCGACCAAUCAGAAUCAUUCUACUUUGCCGCGAAUAGCUCAGUCGACUUUAAGAAGCGGACGAGCGAAGAUGCGAUGCGAGAACGAUCCGUGUAAAAUCGAAUAUCGUCGUUUCUAUUUCCGAAUAUUUUACAAAAAGUCGAUUCACGAAGCGUGAUUUUCAAUCGUAAGUGACAUCCAGAUGUGAAUCAUUAAUUGUGCCGUAAUUUAUUGCGAAAAGAUUACUUCCGAUCGGUGACUAGUGGAACUUUGGAAUGUGAGAAAAUGUUUCUCCACGUUGGAACAACGUGGUCGGUGUAUCGUACAGUAAGAAACAAUCAUGUAGUUUACAAUCAUCGAGUGUAUCGAAGAUAUUUUGUAGCUUGUCAACGUCACGAAUGUCAACAUCCACAAUUGUCGCUCGAAAGUAAGUCCUUUUUUCGCGACUUAUUAGAUGAUCGCUAUUCGAUUCCGCCAACGUAAACGAAAUCGUCAAACAAACAUGGCGCCAUUGGAUGGAUGGUGUACCGAAUCAAAGUUUACUUUGCGUGUUUGUUUAUCGUCGGUGAAACCGAGCGUCAGUAGAUUACACCUUUGACGUGCUCUGCGUCACUUUUUAUCGAUUCACAGCAUUGGAAAGGCACUGUCGCGAGACAUUUCGAUCAAUCGAUUCCAUUUGAACGAACGUUCAUUUAUGCGAUUAACACUUUUACAGAUAGGGUUGUAAAUUUACUUAAAAAAAAUUUUAUCGACCUAUAAAAUAUCGAUCAAUAACGUUUUUUUUUUAUUUCUUAAGUUUUAUUAAACGAAAUACGUAAUAUAUGUAUUUACGAAAAAUUUGACGAACGAUAUACUUACUAUUCCUCGUUUAUUACGAACGAUAUCAUUACUUCUCUGUCUGUACAGUGUUAAUAAUUUUAAAUAAUCAAAGUCAUAACGAUGUCAAUUGUACCCUCGUCUCAAUGCAUAUACGCGAUUAUGUACAAAUUGUUAUAUGUACAUAUGUACACGCGAGUAUAAAUAUUCGAGAAAAUAUGCCUAGAUUUAUAGAUGAUCGAUAAUCAAAAGAAACAGAUUCAAUUGGUCGAUUGUGGUCUCCGACUGAUGGCUAACUUCAUUCCCAUGUAUAGUAAUAUGAGGCAUAACGUUUGUUGUUUUUGUAACGAAGAAGAAAAAAUUUUAACUCGUGUUUGUUCAAAAUUUACAACAUCGUGUCUUGUUGUAUAAAAAGAUUCGUAAAUUUUUAAAUUUAUUUCUUGAAAAUUCUCCGUGCCUCGUAUUAUUUGAGGAAUAUAGAUACUUGAAACAUAGCACGUAUCAUCUGACAAAGACCGGUAAAAAAUAAUAUAUCAUUGUAGAAUUGUAUAUACAUCGUCCCUGUUUAUUUUACCCGCGAAAAUUCAAUGAAUUGAAAUUGGAAAUUGAGUAAAAAAAAAAAAAAAAAGAAAAAAAAAAAAGAAGUAUGAUAUAUUUCGGCGGGUAAGAGAACUGAAUGUUGUACAGUUACGAAAACCGAACACACGCUCCUCCUCAUCGGGUUUCGUAAAGAUGAGAAAAAGAUUCGCGUGACUAGCGCAGUUCAUAACUUCAUCGACACGAGUUACUACGGAUCUUUAUAUUAUUAUCUAGUCAUCGAGUGAUAAUAAAAAUUCUAUCGUAAUCUA